AUGCCCCCAGCACUGAGCGAUUACGAGUCAGAUCGAGAUAAUGCGACUCCUACGAGCUCCAAGCGUGGGAGCUCGCCAUCUCGAACACGUAAGAGUGGAGGCCUACUCAAUGGGCUUGACGCGGGCAAUAUCAUAACGUCUGAUGAAGUAAUCAUCUCCACAGUCAAAGACAAUACGCCAACGUCAUCCUAUCUAACACGAGGAUCCACGAGAGGCGCUCGGUCUAAUGACCUUGCCUACGAUCAGAGUUACCAUCCAGUAGACGAAUACAUCCGUCCUUAUCAAGCUGCUAAACGUCGAGCAGAACAUGGUCUUGAGGACACCAAUUCGGUGCAUAGUGUUGAGUCUGAUACCGAUACCGAUGCUGAAGAUCAACCGCAACCGAAGAAGCGCAAGCUUAACACAAUCAUCAUACGAGGUACCCGGCGUUCAUCCCGUAGAACUAACCAUAAUGUGCUCUACAACAUGAAAAUCCAUCCACAAGAUUCUCAGCUUGAGCAGUUGGUGGGCGACACAGUCGAUGAGGCCGCUGAAGAGGAUGCCGAGAUGAUCUCAAUUGGAAGUAGCGAAGCCGCAGAGGAGGAAGACGAACAAGUGGUGGGUGAUACCACGGGCAAGUCACCGCUUUCCCUGUUCAAGUAUACAUUUCAUCUUAUCGAUGUGUCGCCGCUGCUUUUGUACCGAUCUGUCGUUGCUUCAAUCUCUAACGUACAUGCAGAUGAGGCCUCUUCUUUGACUAUCUCCUCACCGCUGCAUUCUACACCGCUCUCGACCGUCUCGACCACCAAUAAAGUGCAGCAGUCUCUUUCCAACGAGCUCCACACCAAUCGAUCGGCCACUCCACGCGUGGAGUCAACGUACUCUGCUCUGCAUGAAGGGCCCUUUCAUACCCAAUUUAAAAACAAAUCCGCAUCGCCAGCACCUCUGGGCUGUGAUCAUGACGAUAAAUCCCCAAAUAUCAUCGAUCAAUACCUGCAUCCGGCAAUGUUUGAUGGUCCAUGCGACCAAGUCGAUGUUACCCAUCCCCACGACUUCUCUGCCAAAAUGCACGAUCAAGUCGGUAACAUCGAUUCCGAUUCAGUUCUCGGUCGUGACAUCGACCCAGCGAUUUCGGAGUAA